UGUUCUCCAUGUUCCUAGGAUUGCCUCAAGGGAUUAUGUACAUACACAGUUGCUCUGAAUCAAACUAAAUCCAAUCAUCCAAUGUACUAUUGCUGAAGUCAAUCGAGGAUGCGAAUGAGAGGCCGACAGCCGCUGUUGCCAACACAUGGUCCAUCAUCAUCCUUCCUUGGCUCAUCCUUCUCGACACUGCCCUCUUGUGACACUUCUCUGAAACUUGGAAUCUGCCUCAUUCUGCGCCCACUACUAAGCCACUGUGAUAAACCACCCUACAGCAUUUAAUAGCUAGCUCGCUCUCUCCCCUCGGACUGCCUAACAUCGUUAUUACCUCGAAGCUCACCAUGACCAACGAGAAGUACAAUCCUCCUCGAGGCCCGCCUCCUGGUUGGAGCAAGAAACAAGAAGCUUCAUCACAGGGCUAUGCGCCUCCUCCAGGUCCACCGCCAGGCUACCAAAAGCACGACGAGAAGGCUAGUUCGAGUGAACACUUCGCUCCUCCUCCAGGCCCUCCCCCAGGUCAUGUUCCAUCUAACGACUACCACAAUGAAGCGGCCCCACCAGAAUAUGCACCAUGGCUAUCUGUGCCAGAUUCGAGUCUACUACCGCCUGCCCCUACUAUGACCUAUGAUACCUCUCCUACAGCCAACGCAACACAAUACUCGGCAGAACAAGCAAAGGAUUGGUGCAAUCGCAAUCGUCUCUACCCACCUGGUCAGAUUCCUGCCUCAGUCCAUGAGGAUUUCCGUCUCCAUGGAUUUACUUUCAGUCAACCUCCACCAAACUUUACAGGCGAAUUGACGAGAGCGAUGCGUCAGCAGAACACUUGGUCGGUUCGCACACGUAAAAACUGCGAAGAUUGUAGCCUGACCACAUCCGCGCCUCUUUAUUCUGCCGCCCUCAAUGAUCCUCUGAGGAACCAGGGUAGACCUUUCACAAUCUACUUUGAGAUCCGCGUGACUCGCAUGGGAUCUGACUCUGGAGAUGAGGGAGACGCUGGAAUCGCGAUCGGGUUUGUGGCACCUCCUUAUCCUCCUUUCCGACUCCCUGGCUGGGAGAGGGCCAGCCUCGGUGUACAUGGCGAUGAUGGACGUCGUUACAUUGACGAUGAUGGUGGCGGCCAAGACUUUACCACUUAUUUCAAGGAUGGAGAGACGGUCGGUAUUGGUAUGAACAUCAAACCAGCACAAUUCCCUGGCCGCAGGAGGGACGUUGAGGUCUUCUUCACCCGAGAAGGUCAGAAGGAAGGAGGCUGGAACAUGUACGAGGAGCGUGAUGGAGACGACAGCGGCAGCAUCGUGGGUCUUGAAGGCGACCAUGAUUUGAUGGCUGCAGUUGGCAUGUUUGGUCAGGUUGAUUUUGAGGUGAGAUUCCGCAGGCAGGAAUGGCUGUACCGCCCUUGAGCAUACUUUUGAGCGGGGAUGGAGUCAUGCGAGAUGCUCCAAAUGAGAUAGCGUUUCAGACGUUGAAUAUUUACCGCCCACCCUUGAAACGAGCCGUUCAUUGGGUUCUGCUGAGCAUCAGCUUGAACGAUCGACCUUUGUGGAAGAGUUGUAGUCGACAGUGCACCUAAGAGAUGCUGGCUUCUCGUAUGAUCGUUCCAGCAAUAGAUGAUUGUUUCGAGAGAUACGAGGAGUCGGUCAAAAAGAUGAAGCAAAAUUGCAGAAAGCCAAAAAUAGAGUGACGCAAGU